GUGAUGAGGUGCUAGUCUAGCUAAGAUGCUAAAGAGCAUCGCCAUGGCAGCCUCCACCCCCUGCCCUGGGAACAACCAUAGGAGCCCCUCCCACCACCAGACAUCCCCUGCCCUAGGCACAGCUGUGGCAGCGCCCCCGCUCCCCCGGCCCUGGGCACAGCCAUGGGAGCCCCUGUCUCUCCUGCUCUGGGCACAGCGAGACACCCCCCCCACCCCGCCCUGGGCACAGCCUGGCAUCUGACAGCCCUGCUCCAGCCACAUUGAUUGUGCCCAUUGAGCACAGUAAUGCCAACCCUCCCAUAUGCCACAUUUCCUCUGCCCUCUCACUGAGCACAGCCAUGAUCGCAUUGCUCCAUACUCAGGCCAUUGCACAGCAGUGCCACGAUGUGACAACAUGGCAGAGCUUGGGGUCAUGAAAUAGGUACCUCAUUUUUGUUGGGUUCCACGGUUUCCCAGUCAUGUGAGGAGAUGCCCAGUGAGAUGGAGAAGCUUGAAGUCAGGAAUCUUUCAUGUUCUCAAGGGGAAAAGCACAAAAGAGCUGAAUUCAACUAGCAGAGCCUCUUCUAGGGCUUCCAGGAACAAAUUGGGUUCAAUACAUUUUAAAUGACUUGACAUCUGCAGUUUUAAAGAAUAAGGAGGAGGUACCACCAAUAGAGCAUAUUCAAAUGCUUGAAUUUGGAGUUCCAGAAAAAUUUCAGAAAAUAAAAAGUUUUCCUUCACCACGUGUUUUUAUCACACAUCUCCAUUAUGAUAAUAUUCCCAAGGCUGUUUUUGGAACUAAAGCAAAGGUACUGGUGGUAUUUCGAAAUCCAAAAGAUGCAGCUGUAUCCUAUUACCACUUCUACAACAAAAAUCCUGGGCUUCCAAAUGUCAGCUCCUGGGAUGAGUUCUUUCAGAAGUUCAUGAGUGGAGAAGUCUGCUGGAGCUCAUAUUUUGACCAUGCUCUUGCCUGGAACAAACACAUGGAUGAAGAGAAUAUCAUGAUCAUCACAUAUGAAGAAAUGAAAGAGAACUUACUUGGAGGAGUGAAACAAAUAGCUGAAUUUUUGGGGUUCUCUUUGCCUGAGGAGAAGAUUCAGUCUAUUGCAGAGAAUGCCACAUUCGAAUCAAUGAGCAAUAAAUCCCAAGAAACACAUGGCAAAUUUGGUUCCAUCAUUUUCAGAAAAGGUACUGUUGGAGACUGGAAGAAUCACUUCACUAAGGCUCAAAGCCAAGAAAUGGAUGCCAAAUUUGAAGAAUGUUUAGCAGGAACAAAACUGGGAGCCAGGCUAAAAUAUGAUAAAUACUGCAAAUACUAAAUCUUUGAAUAUCAGAAUGACAUUAGCAUUUACUCAGAAACAUCAUCUAUUUUACUACCUCUUGUUUGAGAAUGCAGAGAUUAAAAUAAUUAGACUUUCACGCAAGGAUUUGCACAAAAAAAACCAAAAAACAACCAGGAGAGAGCUCUCCUGCUGCCAAAAAUUCCACCCCCAACAAGCGGCAGCAGCUUUGUUGGUAGGAGAGAGCUCCUGCCAACAAAGCGCUGUUCACACUGGCACUUUUCGUUGGUAAAACUUUUGUCGUUCGGCGGUGUGUGUGUUUUUAACACCCCUGAACAACAAAAGUUUUAUCAACGAAGUUCCAGUGUAGACACAGCUAAGAUAUACCUUGUGCUUCUGCCUUGAGGCAGCUUGAUGACAUUGCCAAACCACCAUAGUCAUCUAUGUUUAACUGAGUCCACAGUCUGUUGGCUUGUGCCGUACAAUACUUACAUUGGAGAGAUUGUGUAACCAAUGAGUUUCCAAAAUUCUUCUCAAACAAAGCUGGUGAAAUGCAUUCAUCUUUCUGUUUGUGUAUUCCAACAUCCGCCGCAUUUCUGACAAGUACAGUAGUGUUGGAAGGAUAAUAACAUUGUACAAUCUCAUUUCAGUGUGUGGCUACAUCGUCUUACUUUUCUAGGUCUUUGACAAAUGAGAAAAUUAUUCACUUCCUUUGCCAAUUCUUUCCUUCACUUCUUUAGUAAACUAGCCAUUAGAAGAUAUUGCAUUUCCAAGAUAAACAGUCAUCAACUCUUCUGUAUUUUUCCUCAUCAAUUACACAUCUACCAUUGUUGACAGUAUUCUCUCCUAUAUACAUAAUCUUGGACUUCUGCAUACAGAUACCAAGUCCCACUUAAGCAGCUUCUGCUUUUAUGUUCAUAACAAAUCUUUUCAUUCCAUCCAUGCUGGUACCCAGUAUGACUGUCAUCUGUUAAAUCAAGGUUCUCCAGCUUAUCUCUUGCUCAAAGAACAGCAAUAUCCUCAGCAACAACCAUCACUCUUCUCAUCACAAAAAGGAAGUUCAGAAGAGAAGUGGGGAUAGUAUGCAACCUUGCAUUACGUCAACAAUAAUCUUAAACCAUUUCAUUUCUUUGCUAAUUUGAUAAAAACUUUGUAGGCCAAGCCUGCAGACAGCACCACGACAGACAGUAAUCUAUUCUGAAAUGUCUCCAGAUCUUCCAAAGGGCUUCUCUGUGGACACUAUCAAAUCCUUUAAUAAAAUCAAUGCAAUUUAAAACUGUUUUCUGCUGGUAUUCUAAGCCUUUCUCAAUAAGUCUUCUCAAGGUGAAAAAUCUGAUUUGAACAUAACUCCUUAUUGAAAUCUAGCCUGUUCUUCCCUGAAUACUUUUUCAACAACCAUUUCAUCCUAUUCAAAAUGAUAAUGCAAAACACUUUUUCAGGUACAGAUAGGAGUGUUGCUCUUCUCCAGUUACCACAAAUAAACUGGUUCCACUUCUCAGGGAUUAUACAGAUAACGUCUCUUCGCCAAUCUUUAGAAUACAUCUCCUUUUCCCAAACCAUUCUGUACAACCUUCACGUGAUUCAAAUCACUUUCUUUUCAGCUUUUAACAUUUCAGCAUCUGUUUUAUUAUAGCCUGGUGCUUUACCACUCUUCAGUUGGUUUAUGGCCUCAGUUAUUUCUUCAAAGACGAUUACUUCUAGUGAUAUAGGUAAAUCCACUAUUUCUUCACACCUAUCAGUGCAUGUUUGUGGUUCUGGCUGGCUGAACACAAAUUAAAAACAUUCCAUCCACCAGGCUCCUUGUCAUUCCUCUGUGGUUUAAAAUCCUACCAUCUCACGUCUUCACAGUGCCACAACUGUUUGAGAAUUGUGAUGUUAGUCAUUUAGGUACUAGAAAAAGUUUUCUGUACGCCUCCUUAGCUUGUCUUGCUUGUCUUUGACUACAUAUUUUUGUUGUAGAACAACUCUUUUGCUACUGUCUUGUUCCUGCUGAAUUCUCUUCUUUAAUUCUUUCCUCUCUCCAACAAGUCUCCAUGUAUUUGGUUGGAGCCCCUUUGCUUUCUUAGGCCUUCUCAUUCCCACUGUAAUCCUGGCUGCAUCCACAUGCACUUCUUUGAAAAGCUGCCUUGUUCUUCUGUCAUUGGUCAGUGUAUGUAACUCUUCGAAUCUGUUGUUCAUCUGCAGUUUGAAAUGCACCUUUACUACUGGAUGUGCUAACUUUCUAGUAUCAUACAUACCCUAUGCCUUGCCAGGUAUUUUUAUUUGGAUCAUCCCAAUAACAAGAUGGCAGUCACUUCCAACAUUAGCACUCUUAUAUUGUUGGAAGCUAGGGUGAUCUUUUCCAGCUCCAGUUAACAGCAACAUAGUCUAGCUGAGGGGAAGUUGAUUAUUUUUUGUCAAGGUAUAAUCAAGAUCCGGACUCUAGAGAAGAUAAUAAAAAUAACAACAAGAAGUAAAUAAAAAGAUAUCGGGGUCUGUUCAAAAGCAUCUGGUGGUCCAGAUUUGGCCUGCGGUCCACCUGUUGACUACCCCAGUCUAGCUAUUUCUGGGUGAAGCCAUCAUCUGAUCUCCAUAUCAGUUUUGACUUUCCUUUGGGGCAACAUUAUUUCCACACAUCUAUGUGGGUACAAGAGGUAUUUGGCUGAAUAUGUAGAACACAUGAAUGGUAUGCUAGAGUGCCUAUGACUAUUUCAGUUUAUUUUUUUUCAUAAUCUGUUAUUAAUUCAGGUUCAUUCCUGCUCCAGAUCCAAAUUUUCUGAAAGUCCAAGGUUCUUGAGCAUCCUGGGGUCUUGCUUUGGACUCCUGUGUCAUCUUCAGUUGUUAAUUUGGUCAUCUGUAUAUCCUAUAUUCUUUGAGGCCUUGUAUGAAAUUCUUGUAGAGUCCAUUGAUUUGAUGAUAAAUCAUUCUGGCAGAAGGUUAACAGGAGAAUGCAUCAAGGGGUUUUGUACUAGAUCCAGUGGUGUUUAAUAUAAUUAUUAAUGAUCAGGAAAGAUGAGUGAGUAAUGAGGUAGUUAAUUUGCAGAUUGAACUAAGUUAUUGAUGUUAAUGAAGAUCAGAGAGGACCGUGAGGAAUUUCAGAGAUAUUUAAACAUGCUAGGUGAGGGGGAAAAUGAAGUUUAAUAUUAAUAAAUGCAAAGUAAUGCACAUUGGAGGGAAAAAUUUAAACUAGUCACACACAUUACAAAGUUCUUAAUUAAUUGCAUUAAUGCAGGACAGGGACCUGGGUGUCAUUCUAGACAGCUCAAUGAAGACCGCUGCUGAAUGUGCAGGUGUUUUUAUUU